GUAUUACUAUUACUAUAUUAUAAGAAAAUUAUUAGGCAGAAAAAAAAGUGCGAAAAAGCACGUGGAAGUGUUGUUGACUGGGAAGAACAGAACAACAUUCAAUGCAACCUGAACUGAAAAUCACUGAACACUGAAUCUGUACCUCAAAUGAUAACAAAAUGCCCAACUGUGCCGUCCAAGGAGGUUGUCCCACAGACUAUGCAGCCGUUUCCAUAUCCAUCAUCUCCUUCAUUCUGCUUCUUGUAUGGUCAAUAUUUCCCUUCAUAGUUCACAAGGUUCCUCGUACUAAAGGCAGUGGUUUCUGGAUACCUGUAAUUCAAGUUGUUGCUAGCUUCAUUAUUCUUCUAUCAAUUAUGAUGUCGAACAAUUUCUUGAAAUUUGAAAAGAGGUAUUGGUGGCAGUCAUGCUACUUGUGGGCAGUCUGGGGUGAAGGUCCACUAGGUUUUGGUUUGCUGUUGAGUUGUCGCAUAACACAAGCGUUUCAGUUAUAUUUUAUCUUUGUCAAGAGGCGUUUACCACUGAUCAGAUCUUUCUUUUUAAUUCCGCUUAUUCUAUUUCCCUGGAUUGUUGGUGCUGCUAUUAUUCAUAUCAAAAAGCCUCUUAGCAAUCGCUGCCACAUGUCGGUUCAGUGGACCGUACCAGUCGUUUGCCUUCAUUCAUUGUAUGUUGCCACUUUGGUUGGGGUAACCGCAGCUGUUCAUCAUAUAGAGUUCAGGUUUGAUGAACUCAGAGACCUCUGGCGGGGAAUACUUGUAUCAUCCGUAUCCAUUGUUGCAUGGGUUACUGCUUACAUACUGAAUGAAAUUCACGACAAUAUAUCAUGGCUUCAAGUUUCCUCCAGAUUUCUUCUUUUAGUUUUGGCUAGCAUACUUGUGCUGGCUUUCUUUUCGAUAUCAAGUUCACAACCACUGCUCUCGCAAAUCAGCUUGAGGAGAAGAGAAUCCAGAGAAUUUCGCACAAUGGGCCAGGCUUUAGGCAUACCUGAUAGUGGGGUAUUAGUACAAAGUGAACCAAAUUCAAGGAUAGAUCCUAAUGAACCAUUGGAUAAGCUUCUCUUGAAUAAGAAAUUCAGGCAGUCUUUUAUGGCAUUUGCUGAUAGUUGCUUGGCUGGGGAGAGUGUGCACUUCUUUGAUGAAGUGCACGAGCUAAGUAAAAUAUCCGAAAUUGACUGUGUGAGAAGAAUCUAUAUGGCACGGCAUAUUAUUGAGAAGUACAUUGCUGCAGGUGCAGCUAUGGAGAUAAACAUCUCUUACAGAAGCAAACAAGAAAUUUUGUCAACUUCUGACCUCGCACGCGCUGAUCUCUUUCAUAAUGCACUUAAUGAGAUCGUGCAGCUGAUGAAAAUGAACUUGGCAAAAGAUUAUUGGUCAUCAAUGUUCUUCCUAAAGUUCCAAGAGGAAUCUGAUAUGAGAUGCAAUGGCUAUGAGCUUGAGCAAAUAACAGGGUGGAACUAUUCUCCAAGGUUGAGUUCUGUUCACGGUACAGACGACCCUUUUCACCAGGAUCAUCUUCUGAAGAACUCAGAAUGCGGCAAUGAUACUGAUUCGUGACUUGGUAAUGCUUAUCGGCUUGCAAAACCAGAUUUAUUACUGAUAUACUUUUUUCCUACUUCAUAUAUAGUUUUUGUCCACAAGUGAGAAGGUGUAUGUAGUAAAAAAGCAAUUGUCUUUUUCUUUACCAACUGUAUAGUUAGGCUAGGAUCGUAUACAUCUUGGCGUUGUUUCUUACACUGAUAGUCUGGUAUUGAUUUGAUUUGAACUUACUCUAACCACGUCUUAGGUCUAGCAUUUUAAGUAUACACAAGAGAUCCUGUUGUACUUCUAUCAUCAAAUGCAGCUAGCUAACAACGUCUUUGUGACAGUAUAUUAUAAACGUAAAAUGUUUAUUACAAUGUUACGGUGUUAAUUUCUGUUAAUUUUGUUAGGAUUA